UGUCACCUGUACGAACAAUACAAAAAAGUCUCAGCGUCUGUUUUUACUAGUAUUAAAGACAUUUAGAAGGCGGGCAAUAAUUAUAAAAAAUAUUAUCAACGACAGUGAAAGUGUUUACGUGAUGUUUAAAGAAUGCACUGUUAGAAAACUAAUAUCCGAUUGAUCGGAAUUGAAAGAUGAAUCAUCAUGAAGGUAGGCAGAAAGACGUCGCCGUUUGUCCGUACUGCAAUCUCCGGUCGUUUUCUUGUGAUAUUCAGCAUCUUUCCUCUCCAGCUGGUCACCGCCUUCCCAGAAGCUGCCAUAGCAGAGCAGUUUUGUAGAGACCCGGGUUUUCCUGAGCAUGGAAACAGAACACCAAGUUUCGGUAUGUUCUUUGAGAACGCCGUGGCCAGAUUCUCUUGUUCAGAGGGAUACAGACUGAAAGGAGCAUCAAAGAUCACCUGCGUUUCGUUUCGGAACGGAUCAAUGGGAUGGAGACCAAGCCUUAAACCAGUGUGCCUUCCAGAUGAAUGUCUUCCUCCAUAUAUUGAGGAUGCUGUUGUUACUAAUAAGACCUACAGGCCAGGAGAUAACCUUAUUAUCAGAUGUCAUGAGGGAUUUCAGGUCCGCUAUCCUGACACAGACAGCAUGGAAUCGGUUUGUCAAGAGGAUGGAACAUGGGACAAUCAGCCCAUCUGUCAAGGUUGUCUGCGCCCAUUGAGUCCUCCUCAUAGUUACAUGAACAUCUCUGAGACAUUGUUCUCCAUGCCUAUCGGAACAGUAGUACACUACCAGUGUUUUCCAGGUUAUAAGCUGGAGGGAGCAGAAUUAUUGGAAUGCAUGUAUAGCCUCAUAUGGUCUGAUGUACCACCCAGGUGCCUUGAUGUUGAAGCAUGUCCCUUACCUCCAAUGGUGGAACAUGGGGAUUAUCUAUGUCAUCCACAGCCAUGUAACCGCUAUAUCCAUGGGACUGUGGUGGAGUUCUACUGUGAUCCUGGCUAUUCUCUAGUAAAUGACUACAAGUACAUCACCUGUCAGUAUGGGCAGUGGUUUCCUCAGAUGCACUUCUACUGUGUUCAAGAUGAGACAACAUGGCCUGGCUUUCAGGAGUCUUUACUGCAUGCAUGGAAACCAGUGGCAUUUACUACCUCAGGUGUGCUGUUAGCCCUGUUUCUAGUCAUCUUAGCAAAGAUGUCCCACUGCAAAUGCAAGAGCAAUCAGAAUUCAAGUGAAGAAAGUGAGGAUGCCAGGGGUGCAAAUGUUAUAAUAGUGGAUGGAGUUGCCAUACCUCUACCGUCCUAUGAGGAGGCAGUCAGCGGAUCAUGCUACCAGCCCCCACACAUGCUUCCUGCUGCUGGUCCAGGACCCACACAGACCUCAGAAGAGCAGGAUCCUCCUUCAUAUCCAGGGCAGGCAGAAAGUCAGAAUGAUGCUUCAUUGGAUGCUGGGGAUGCUGAGACAUGUGACAACAUCUCAGAGCCAUCAGAGUGUCUACAAGCUAUGCAUCUAUCUUCUUCACAUGACAUUGGGUUGAGCAAUGUAUCUGAGAAGACCAAUGUGAUCACCUCCAUGGAGGACACUGCUUCCACGAGUCCCAGUAUAGAUAUAGCUGAUGAAAUUCCUCUUGUGGAUGGUGGUGAAGAGGACUUCUGAUACUGUGGACACCCAUCCUUGGAUUUUCUCACUGCUGUAUAAUAUAAAAUUAUAAUUUUUUCAACACUCCACAUUAAUUAAUCAUAGGCACAUUAAUCUUUCCUGAAGACAGGCUGAUAUUAUGGCCAAUAUUCAAUAAAUUUGCAAGGCAAUAAAGACAAUAAGAACAUAAAAUGGCCAUUUCCUCAUGCUUGGAUUGUGGGAAAAACUAUGCACUUGUGGUUAAACCAGUUUGUUUAUUAAGAUAAAUUUCACAUUGUUGGUCAAAUCCAGCACUUACCAAAGGAGAAAUCACAUUUUAUGUUUAGUAAUUAGAACUGAAAUCUGUUUUAAUGAGUCAACUCCGUCUGGCCAGUCUUCAGAUGCAACAUAAUAUAGACUGUGAAAUUUGCAAGCUUUGAGGAAAAUUAAUAAAAUCUGUAAAUUAUAUUUCAGAGAUGACUAAGGAUUUUAAUUAAACAGAAGACUUCAUUAAUAUAUAUGCUGCUUUCAAGUACAAAAAGUAUAGUAAUUAAACCCAAGAUUUCUUAAAUCAAUUGUGGUUUGUUCCCCUGACUUAAACAGGUAAUAUUGAUUCUACUAGCAUCGAUCACAGUUGUCUUUUUUAACACACACAAAUUACUUGUUAAAUUUUUUUCUACACAUAUUGUAUUAUUACUGCUUUCUACUAUUUCCCAGUAUUUACACAAUUUAGCACUGGAUUAGCACAUAUUUCAAUUAAAAUGUUUCUUCAUGUGACUGUGUGCCAUCAUUUAAAUUGCCGCUGAUUAUCCCAAAUAAAGUUCAGCAGUUCUCA